UAGCAUCCCCAUUUUUGUCAGAGAUGACUCAUCCAUCCUCUCCAGAGUCUACGGUGCAGCCAUUUCCACGAGAGGAUCCAGCAUCCCCAUUUGAGUCGGAGACGAGUCAUUCGUCGUCUCCACAUGCCAUAGUGCAGCAGUUGCUUGUGCUGGAGCAUCCGGGAUCCCCAUCUCAGUCGGAGUUGAGUCAUAUAUCAUCUCCGCAUGCCACAUUGCAGCAGCCAUUUCUGUCAGAGAUGACUCAUCCAUUCUCUCCAGAGUCUACGGUGCAGCCACUUCCACGAGAGGAUCCAGCAUCCCCAUUUGAGUUGGAGACGAGUCAUUCGUCAUCUCCACAGGCCACAGUGCAGCAGCUGCCUGUGCUAGAGCAUCCAGGAUCCCCAUCUCAGUCGGAGUUGAGUCAUGUAUCCUCUCCGCAGGCCACAUUGCAGCAGCCAUUUCUGUCAGAGAUGACUUAUCCAUCCUCUCCAGAGUUUACGAUGCAGCCACUUCCACGAGAGGAUCCAGCAUCCCCAUUUGAGUCGGAGAUGAGUCAUUCGUCGUCUCCACAGGCCACAGUGCAGCAGCUGCUUGUGCUGGAGCAUUCGGGAUCAUCAUCGCAGUCGGAGUCGAGUGAUAUAUCAUCUCCGCAGGCCACAUUGCAGCAGCCAGCUCCACAUCCAUCCUCUUCAGAGUCUAUGGUGCAGCCACUUCCACGAGAGGAUCCAGUAUCCCCAUUUGAGUUGGAGACGAGUCAUUCGUCGUCUCCACAGGCCACAGUGCAGCAGCUGCCUGUGCUGGAGCAUUCGGGAUCAUCAUCGCAGUCGGAGUCGAGUGAUAUAUCAUCUCCGCAGGCCACAUUGCAGCAGCCAGCUCCACAUCCAUCCUCUCCAGAGUCUACGGUGCAGCCACUUCCACGAGAGGAUCCAGUAUCCCCAUUCCAUUCGGAGACGAGUCAUCUGUCGUCUCCGCAGGCCACAGUGCAGCAGGUGCUGGAGCAUCCGGGAUCCCCAUUACAGUCAGAGUCGAUUCAUAUAUCAUCUCUGCAGGCCACAUUGCAGCAGCCAGCUCCACCACCACUGUUCAUGCACCCUACGUUGUUGAAAUUAUGGCUUCGGAGAUGGUGGAUUAUAUGCAUGAUAGCAGCUAUUGGGUUGUUAUUUUUGAUUAGUUGGAGCAUUCACACAUCACAGAAGAAUGACGCGAACAUCUGGUGCACCACUCCCAAUGCGACAGUUACCAAGGAAAGUAAUGCACCUAGCUCCACCGUUCAGGGUGCCCCCAUCCUCUUUAGGACUAUCAUGGCAGCAGUUGAUGCAGCACCGGGUGAUAAUGAAUGGCCUUUCUGUAUACUGAUACAGAAAGGAGUUUAUAAAGAAAGAAUUGUGAUAGAAAGAAAUAAAAGAAAUUUGGUUUUGGUGGGGGAAGGAAUUAACAAAACCAUCAUAUCAUCAAAUGGAGCUGUCUUGUCCACCGAUCGCUAUAUUUCAGAACUCGCAACCAUUUGGGUUCUAGGAAAAAGAUUCAAGGCAAUGGAUAUUUCAUUUGAAAACAUGGGAGCUGAUCAACUAGAGAGUGUUGCAUUGAAAAAUUCAGGAGAUCAGUCUAUCUUCCAUAGAUGCAGCUUCAUGUCACAACAAGUCUCCAUUCAUAGUGAUCAUGUGGGGCAACAACUCUACCAUGAUUGCUAUAUUAGUGGCUCACAACACUUGAUCUAUGGAGAUGGACAUGCCAUGUUUCAAAGAAGUACCAUCCAUGUAAAUAAUUUGAAGCCAGAAGUGGGGGCUGUGAUUGCACUGCAAGAAAGAAGAAGUAAGUUCUUAGUUGGUGGGGGAUUUGUAUUUCAUUUAUGUACCUUUUCUGCUAGUACCCAAAAAGCAAUUAAUUACUUAGGUGCUUCUUCUGGACCUUCAUCUUUGAUUGUAAUUAUGCAAUCAUACUUAGAUAGAUCUAUUAGUCCUUUGGGAUGGUUAGUGAAGAAUAGGACAAGGUCUAUCUAUUUUGGUGAAUACCAAAAUACAGGUCCAGGAGCUAGACUAGAGCGAACAUCUCCCAAUUUCCACCAUAUCAGCCUUAAGGAUGCUUCUUCUUUUACUAUUAGAAAAUUUUUAAGUAGUACAAUUUCUUAUGCUAUCUAUAUAAAGUCAGCAUACUGGUCUUCACAGAAUCCCUUUGAACCAUCUCUUGUUGGCUUCACUUUUGACGAGGAGAUGACUAAGAAAUUUGCUCUUGAUGAGAAGAUUCUUACGUUGACCAAGAUGUUUGUUGCCACUGAAUACAUCUGCAGUGUAGAGAUGGAGACGGGAAGGGUGUGGGAAGGAGUAUGA